AUGUUAGAAUUUCUAAAUUUUCAAUACUUAUUUUAAGGGAAAAAGUUCCAUUCAAGAAAUUGGGAGGAAAAACAUUUAACAAAAUAAAUCACAACUACUUACAAUUAGGUUCAAGAUGGCAUGAAAAGCAAAAAUGAAUGUUUUUUUUACAGAAAAUUAAUUUUAGAUUAUUAUACUUAGAUAAAUGAAGUUAAAAGUCGUUCUUUCUUCAUUUUUAUCAGGUAUAAACAGAGGUUUUUAUUUUUUGACUUUUAUAAAUAGCAUUUUUAAUUAAUUCAUUUUUAUUCUUAAUUGAAACUCCAAAAAAAGCUAUAUUAAUUACUAAACUCCUGGAUAAUAUGGCGACGUCAACCAUUUAAUACAAUUCUUACUUAAUCAACUGUUAUUGUUAAAAAUUUUAAUUAUAAUUAAUUUUAAAACAUAGUGUAUUAAAAACAAUAAGCAAAACAAAACUUGUCGAAGAAUUUGGAUCAAGUUGCUGAAAUGACAACAAAUUUAUCUUGGUAUCAGGGGAAAGUGAGAGCUUGGAUUGCAUUUUUGUUUUAUCAUAAUAGUAGGUAAUUAUGAAAAUUUAUAAAAGAGAAUAAAAUUAUCAAAAAUAAGAAGGAAUUUGGCUUUCAGUUUUUUUCAAUCUGUUAUAAUUAAUAGAAAGAUAGUAAGCGUCAAAUAUAAAAUAAGAAUAUAUGUACUAAAGUAAUACAUAAAUGAUGAAAUCAAAAUUGCAGGAGUUAUUACUUGUAAAUUUGCUCGAAUAUUUGGAUCAUAAACUAAUGAUGGAUAGUUCUUAUAUUAUUGGGAUGCUCAUGGAAGCUUCUCUGGAGGUGGUUAAUACUUUAUCUAUAAAAUUAAUUAUUAAUUCUUAACUUUUUAGUCAAUUAAUCAUCUCAUCAAAAAUUUCAGAUUAAUACAGCUUGGACGAAUCUUCAGAACUCCAUUGUUUUUGCUGGGAAUCUAAUCACAAAAUUUGA